CCUCGGAAUGCUUCGGAAACAUUUGCAGGCGGUGUCAAGCAUGCGAUUAUACGACCUUUGCCGUUUAACCAUUACCCGGUUUUGACCAUGUUUCAGAACAAGAAGUUGCGAAUUGUGUUUCUUUUUGGUUUCCCCCGAAAGUAGCAUAACAGACAUUGACUCGGAGGUGCGAAGUUUGAGGCUUUCAAGUAGAGGGUGAUGACGCUGUCUAUAAGCUAUGACAUGCAUGUCAUGCUAUGUUGCUGCACGUUUUGUGCUGUUGGUCUGUGGCGUAUCUCUUUCUCUUUUCAUCUGUUUGUGUAUCCAGCCCUGCAAUUGCGAUAUCACGGUACUCGGGAAGUCUGGUGCGGUCCUCCGUACAUCAUGGAUAUUUGAGGCUUUAGAUAAGAGCAACAUUUUUCUGCUCUCUCCUCCUGUCCGACUUCAUGAAAUUGAUGACCUGCAGUGUCACAGUGAGAAAAAGACCUGGCAAACAACGCGCGCAUCCGCAUUACCGCCCGGAAUCCACCAAAUUUGAUUGCACGCAAGUAUGCAUGCAGCAACUUACAUCCACUGUGUAGUGCCAUCCGAAGGUGAAAUCGCACGGGCUUACCCAAGCAAGCACGUAGUCGCGAUCACGUGAUCGACAUCGCCUGUCCUGCACUGUG